CCGGGGAGUGCCCGCCGCGCCCGGCCCCCUCGCCCGCCCGCAGCGCCUGUGUGCACUUUCGCGGAGCGACUAAUCCCCCGAGAGAGCCGAUUUGUAGUGAGGAGUAUCUGUAGGGGGCGAGGCCGGCCCAUGUGGGGUUGUGUCAUUGGUUUGCAAAGAGAGACCCCGCCUUUGACCAAAAAAAAAAAAAAAAAAAAAAAGCAAAAAAAAAAAAAAGCGAGGAGUGAGCGAGCGGCGACCCUCACCUCUCCUCCCGCCACGCUCUGCGCGGCCGGCGGGCACCGGGAGACGCGGCCAGCGACGCUUCUUUCCCUUUCCUUUUCUCUCCGUUUUCCUCCUUCCUCGGAGGAGAAAACAAAUAAAGAAGAGCAAAUAGCCGGGAGGCGCUCGGCUUCUAGGACCCUCCCUCCCCCGAUCCAAGUUGGAAUUAGCAUCCUCUUGGGGGUGGCCCGGGAGCGGCCCGAGGAGCCGGCAGCGGCCCGAGGAGCGAGUGACCGAGCUGGGAGCCAUGCCGCGCUGAGGGGGGGCCGCCCAGCCGCCGCCACCGCCACCGCUGCCGGGUGGGGUGGGAGGGGCGGGAGCCGCCGCCGCCGCCGCCGCCUCCCGGGUGGGCGCCCUUAGCUGUGGACGCCGGUGGCCCGGGACGAGGCCGUAGUGCGGGGUCCGAUCCGGGCGGCGCACACCCUCGGGGGCGUCCGACGCCGGGACCAGAGGGGGCCCGAACCCUCGGCGGAGCUCGGAGCAGAGCCAGGUGCUGUCCGGCACGUGCCUCAGCCAUCUCCAGCGACGGGUUUCAUCGCCUUAAAUGGUUUUGAACCAAUGAAACUGGAUUCCCUUAAAAAGACGGACAGCCUGUCGUGGGAACUAUAGAGUUUGUGGACAGAUUUAUAUCGGGUUCAUAGUGGCGCAAUGCCCGCAGACUCCUGCCCGUUCCCCUAAGUUCUUAGAGGACCGCUUUGCCUUUUGAAUCAGAGUUGCAAAGUUCGAUAAAGAAUGGCCCUUGUGGAUAAGCACAAAGUCAAGCGACAGCGAUUGGACAGAAUUUGUGAAGGUAUCCGCCCCCAGAUCAUGAACGGCCCCCUGCACCCCCGCCCUCUGGUGGCACUGCUCGACGGCAGAGACUGCACCGUGGAGAUGCCCAUCCUGAAGGACCUGGCCACCGUGGCCUUCUGUGACGCACAGUCCACUCAGGAGAUCCAUGAGAAGGUCCUGAACGAGGCUGUGGGUGCCAUGAUGUACCACACCAUCACGCUCACCCGGGAGGAUUUGGAGAAGUUCAAGGCCCUGCGAGUGAUCGUGCGCAUAGGCAGCGGCUAUGACAACGUCGACAUCAAGGCCGCCGGCGAGCUCGGGAUCGCCGUGUGCAACAUCCCGUCUGCGGCAGUGGAAGAGACGGCGGAUUCCACCAUCUGUCACAUCCUCAACCUGUACCGGCGGAACACGUGGCUGUACCAGGCGCUGCGGGAAGGCACGCGGGUGCAGAGCGUCGAGCAGAUCCGGGAGGUGGCCUCGGGAGCAGCCCGCAUCCGCGGGGAGACGCUGGGCCUCAUCGGCUUCGGUCGCACGGGGCAGGCGGUUGCUGUUCGAGCCAAGGCCUUUGGAUUCAGCAUCGUAUUUUAUGACCCCUACUUGCAGGAUGGGAUAGAGCGAUCCCUGGGCGUGCAGAGGGUCUACACCCUGCAGGACUUACUGUACCAGAGUGACUGUGUCUCCUUGCACUGUAAUCUCAAUGAACAUAACCACCACCUCAUCAAUGACUUUACUAUAAAACAGAUGAGGCAAGGAGCAUUCCUAGUGAAUGCAGCCCGCGGCGGACUGGUGGAUGAGAAAGCCUUAGCCCAAGCUCUCAAGGAAGGCAGGAUACGAGGGGCGGCCCUCGACGUGCACGAAUCGGAGCCUUUCAGCUUUGCUCAGGGUCCCUUGAAAGAUGCACCCAAUCUCAUCUGUACACCCCACACAGCCUGGUAUAGCGAGCAAGCCUCGCUAGAAAUGAGGGAGGCAGCUGCCACCGAGAUCCGCCGGGCCAUCACAGGUCGCAUCCCAGAAAGUUUAAGAAACUGUGUGAACAAGGAAUUCUUUGUCACAACAGCUCCCUGGUCAGUGAUCGAUCAGCAAACAAUUCAUCCGGAGCUCAAUGGCGCCACAUACAGGUACCCGCCGGGCAUCGUGGGCGUGGCUCCAGGCGGACUUCCUGCGGCCAUGGAGGGGAUCAUCCCUGGAGGCAUCCCCGUGACCCACAACCUCCCCACAGUGGCACACCCUUCCCAAGCUCCCUCUCCCAACCAGCCCACAAAACACGGGGACAAUCGGGAGCACCCCAAUGAGCAAUAGCAGAGUGACAGUGACACACAGUAAUCCUUCAGAUAAACCUGGGACCAAGAGAUAGUGAGAAAUAGUUGAACUAAAAGGAAAGGAAUUUGACAGUCUUUCUAACUGACUCUGGACGUACGCAUCAUUGACGUUGCAGUGUUAAAACUACAAAGAGCUAGAAACCAAGACGUGGGAAAACUGAAGAUGUGGUCUGCUUACGGAAGCGCUGAAAGAGUAGGAUGAGAUUUAUUAACGACCAACUUCUGUUAUUGUGUGUUAAGUUUUUCAUCUGUGCAUCAAAUCACAAAGAAUAAAUAGAUCUUUUUCCUUUAUCAAUCCCUUGGGCACAGCAGGUCCUGAACACCUUGCUCUAGAAUGUUGCAUCAAGAGUUCCAAACAUCAAAAUAAAAAAAUAUUAAGAGGAAAUCCCCAUCCUAUGACUCUAGUCCCUUCGGUCCAUGGGGGCUGGUUACCUCUUCUGCUAAGAGGAAGAUUCCAUUACUCCAAAAUGGGGAGAAAACUGUUCGCCUGUUAGCCAACUGCACGCCUAGGACUGAAGACAAUAUGGGCUCCAGUGCGGAGAAGCCUCCCCGCCUGACUGCACACUGCGGGCAAGUUGGUUGUGGAUUCAGUAAUACCCUCUGAUGAUGCAAAAAAAGAAAAGAAAAAAGUAUUAAGUUUCACAAGCUGUUUGUACUCAAAUAUAUUUUCUCAGUUUCAGAUCCUCAGCUAUUUUAUUGAGUGGAAAGUCUUGAACUGAAAGGUUCAAGAAUAAUAAUGUUGCAUUUCCUUAUGUCUCAGGAAACACUUUUUAUGGUAACUUGUCAGAUUGUCUAUGAACCCACUUUUUUAGACAUUGAUAAAGUCUUCUCUUCACGUGAUAUUUUAUACAAGAACACUUCAGGCGUGUUAUUAGAUGUGACUGAUUUUAACAAAUCCUAUUAGAUUUGUAUCAACUAGUUACACGUUAUAUUCAUAGUCUUUUGUGAAUCAUCGCCUUUUUGUUUAAAAGAUGGCCUAUUUUGAGCCUUUGUAUAGGUACAUUCCUGUUUUUGUGACAAAAAAAAAAACUUUUAAAACUGUCCCAAACAAAAAUAAUGGCUAUCAGAAAUGUUUUGUUUUAGUGUGAGUUACCGUUACUGUAUUUGUUUAUUGUAAAGGUGGACAUUUAGCGUUCAGUGCAGUUUUCAAUAAAAAGUAAUAAAAAUUU